GCGUGCUCACGUGAAUCGGUCUCCGGGCUGGGAACGUCAACUCCACGCUGUUGUAGCAACCAGCAGACGCAUUCGCCAUCCCCAGGACUUCCACGGGCAUCUGAGAUCGGUGACCGCGGAUCGAAGAGAAGCGGAUUCAGACCCAUGGGGCUGCGCUUGUGAGGGCAGAGAGGUCGGUUUGGUUAGCGCUGCUGGCGGACAGUCACUGCAGAGAUUAGAGAAGAGCCGUUUCUGCUUCGGAGCGGUGAAUCCCGGAGACGUUACUGACGUGGAGGAGACACUGGAGGACAGUUAAAUCGGCAAAUAAGAAACCCGAGGUAACCACCCCAUAAAAUGCCAGUAGCAACUUCCAGUUCUGAUUCGGCCAUGCAUCAGGCCCUGGAUACACUGAGUGACAGCACAAGCUCCACAACUGCAAAUGAUCUGGACCUUAUUUUCCUCAAGGGCAUCAUGGAGAGCCCAGUGGCCCACGAUCGAUUUGAGGAACCAAAGCUUGAGGCUGUGAGAGAAAACAACGUGGAGCUGGUCCAAGACAUCCUCAAAGAGCUUGGCCCUCUCACUCAUCGGAGCCAAGCUGCAGAUGAGCUUCUUCACAUCCUGAGAGAGCCCCACUUCCAGUCCCUUUUAGAGACUCAUGAUUCUGUGGCCUCCAAAAACUACGAUACCCCUCCCCCUAGUCCUUGUUCUUUCAUGGAUGCAGCCCUCAACAACCAGCCCGUGCCGCCAGAUGCAGUGCGGAUGGUGGGGAUCAGGAAAGUGUCUGGAGAGCAUCUGGGGGUGACCUUUCGUGUGGAAAAUGGCGAGCUGGUUAUCGCCAGGAUCCUCCAUGGUGGCAUGAUUGAUCAGCAGGGUCUGCUUCACGUGGGGGACAUCAUCAAGGAGGUAAACGGCAAGGAGGUGGGCAAUGACCCCAAAGUGCUGCAGGAGAUGCUAAAGGAGGCGAGCGGCAGCGUGGUGCUGAAGAUCCUGCCCAGCUACCAGGAGCCACACACACCCAGACAGGCCUUUGUGAAGUGUCACUUCGAUUACGACCCCUCGCACGACAACCUGAUUCCGUGCAAAGAGGCGGGGCUUAGCUUCUGCAGCGGCGACAUCCUGCAAAUAUUCAACCAGGAGGACCUCAACUGGUGGCAGGCAUGUCACAUCCAGGGCGGCAGCGCCGGCUUAAUCCCCAGUCAGCUCCUGGAGGAGAAGAGGAAAGCAUUCGUGAAGAGAGAUUUAGAGCUCGGCACUGCAGGUCCUCUGUGUGCUGGGAUGGGCGGAAAGAAAAAAAAGAGGAUGAUGUAUUUAACCACAAAGAAUGCGGAAUUCGAUCGCCAUGAGCUGCGCAUCUAUGAGGAGGUGGCCAGGGUCCCGCCCUUCAGAAGGAAGACGCUGGUUCUGAUCGGAGCUCAGGGAGUCGGACGGCGGAGCUUGAAGAACAAGCUGUUGGUGUCAGAUCCGCAGAGAUAUGCCACCACUGUCCCCUUCACCUCCAGAAAGCCAAAGGUGGAUGAGCGCGAUGGUCAGAUGUAUUCCUUCAUGACCCGCCACGAAAUGGAGUGCGACAUCAAAUGUGGUCGAUUCCUGGAGCACGGCGAGUACGACGGCAAUCUGUACGGCACCAAGAUCAACUCCAUACACGAGGUGAUCGAGACGGGGAAGAUCUGCAUCCUGGACGUCAACCCUCAGGCUCUGAAAGUGCUGCGGACAUCAGAGUUCCUGCCCUACGUUGUUUUUAUCGAGGCUCCAGAUUUUGAGGUCUUAAAAGCGAUGAACAGGUCGGCCAUUGAGUCGGGAGUGAUCACCAAGCAGCUGACGGACUCUGAACUGAAGAGGACGGUGGACGAGAGCGAGCGCAUCAAGAGAGCCUACGGACACUAUUUUGACCUGUGCAUUGUGAACGACAGCCUGGAGGCUGCCUUCCGAAGUCUGCGUUCAGCGCUGGACAAACUGUUGCUGGAGCAGCAGUGGGUGCCCGUCAGCUGGGUCUUCUGAAAGUGAGCUCAGAGACACCAGGCUGGAGAACCAUUGAACCUCUGUAGCUCUUCAGGGGCAGGAGCCGUAGUGAAAGGUGGAGAUCUUUAGUGAAGGAGUUCAGUGCAAUGACCAGCAGGUAGAUCGGUUUUGUACAAACUUAGUGACCCUAGAAGCGGAAUCAAUCCAUACAUUUUGGAAAGAGGUAGAGUGUUUGACCUAUAUGUGCAUUUAGACUGUAAAAUGACCUUUUUAUCCUUUUUCCAAAUCUUCACGUGGUAUGAUGCGUAGAGUGAACAUGGAGACAAAACAAGUGAUGUUUGUUGGAGAGGAUACUUGACCUUGUGAUCAUGCAGUGCAGUACGAUUGUAUAGAGAAAUGUACGUUUUUUAGUUUGUCUCUGCUCAAUUGAGCAGCAGUAGAAAUGACAGUGGCUGACAGAGCAAUACAGACUCACAGGUGCGCUCAUGUGCUGCUCAGAAACAGGGCCCUGCUUCAAAUGGAAGGGAGUCGCUCUACAAAACUGGUGCCAUGUUACCUGGAUGUAACUCCAGUUCUAUGAGUACAUGUGGUGCCCUCUAACAGACUUUGCAACAGCUUUAUCCCUUCAAAGCCAUGAAAGAUCUUGUAAAUCCUCACUCACUUGGCGUCAUAUAUUGGCGUUGGGAAUGUUGCUUUUUGAGUCCUAUACUGACGAAAAAGGCAGCCUUCAGCGUCGCAUGUUGACACAUUGGCGGCACGACAUGUGAAAAGAAGACAUACUGUAGGUUGGGGUUAGCCAUGGAAUAGUGCUCCAUUCAUCCUACCUUUAAUACCUGCCAAAUUGCUAUUUAAGGGCCGUCACAUAGCCGUGCGUUUUAGUCACAGUGACUUUCAGUACCGUCACUGAGGCGGGGAGCCACGCAAGGGGUUGGUUGUUCAUAGCAACUGACAUCCAGUCUUGUUGUUAGUGGGCUCUGCUUGUACUCAUUCAACUUGCCAUUUUUCAAGACAUUCACAUUAUGUAAGACUUGUGAAAUAAAAAAGAAAGAUGUCGCAGAUAAAACUGAGUGAGAUAACGAAAAUGUGAAGACCAAUUUUUUAUAAUUUAUUAAGUUAAUACCCUUCACCCCGACAGACUUCCCCGGUAUCUCAAUGUUUUCUUACUGUCACACUUAAUGUUGUUGUAUUUUUAUUCGGUCGCACUUUAUCUUGCGUACAUAUAUCAAUUAUUACUAGAUAAUUACUAGCGUAUUAGCUGUAAAUCAGUGAUAGUGGUCUUGUUUAGACUGAACUUUUAGUGACCAUUCCAGGGCAAAAUAUAGUCAAGGGGCACAAGACACAAAUCAAUAUUUUUAAUUUAUGGGCUAUAAUAAAUCAUAUAAAUAAAUAAACUAUAUAAAUAAGUAGUUUGUUUAUGGUCAUGUAUAUUUCCUAAUCUAAAGUGUGACCUUCUAUUGUUUUGUUUAUUGAUCUCAGUCAUUCACAUCUGCAGCUUUCCUUGACUAUAUGUCUUAGCAAAAAUUAAAAAAAAAUAAAUCUGGUGUUCAAAGUGAACAACCCAACUUCAACACGAGCUUUUGUCUUAGACAAUGAUAGAGGUGGAGUCACUACUUAUUUGUAAUGGGAUACAUGAAACCUUGUUGCCAAUACUUUUUCCUUGUACUUUGCAGCAUUCUUUGUGUUCACGUUCUCCCUGCGUUCCUUUGUUGUCUCGGUUUGAAUUGCAACCCAAAUUUACUAGUUGAUAUUGUGAAACAGGAAGUGACUAUACAUCACAGGCACAUUCGGGAAGCGCCAUCAAACAAUUAGUCUGACAGCACAUGAACGACACACUUGAUCGAACCAUUUCGGUAUUUAGUAGUCAUCAUUUUACUCCUUCCAUUUGACAAGAUAAUCCAUCAUUUUUCUGACCAACUGAGGUCCGCUAUUGAGCCUGGGGUAUUUCUAAUCAUUGGUGUGUUGUAGUUACUAAAUACUCCGUGUGUUUAUCCUAUACUUUUUUUUCUCACAGGGUGGAUUACCUGAGCGAGAGCAGUUUCUUUUUUUUUACAUGUGGGAGAUUAAAGACGCUGUUUUAACACAACAACAGUCAGAGCAAAAACAAUCUGUUGGAAUAAUCCUGUACUUCUAUUUUGAAGUUUUGUCUUCUUGUGGUACUUUAGAUGGGUUUGAUUGACAGACGGCAGUGAGUGACUACUGCCUCCUGGAAGCCAGUGACUUGUGUAGCACUGACGUUACAAAUAAAAGUAGCUCACACUUUGCACUGAAUACAAA